UGUCUCCAUGACAGCCAUGCUAUUGUUGUCGUCGGUUAUGCUAACAUUAGCAUCGCAUAUGUCCGAGGAGUUUGAGCAUUUAGAAAGGCUGAAUGGAUAGUACUUGAUUGUAUGCGAUCAAUGUUUGAUGCGACGAUAUGCACCAUGAUUUAGAAGCGAUGCGGAGCCACCUUCACCUUUUUUAUAUAACCGUUUAUCCAGCGCUAGUUAGCUAAUUUACAAGCAUAGCCUCCCCCUUUACAGUGAUCCGCAGUCCUCCAGAUUCAGGCUUUUUCUUGGUGGGGACCGAGAGAGGGGCACUGGAGGAGAUGUUGGCGCUCCCUCCCUGUUCGCAGAGAAUCCAGGGAGAGGAGGCAGGGAUGAGAGACGUGGGCUUGAGCCUUUGAAACGGAGAUAAAAGAGGAUGAUUUCACGCUACAACAGGAAACAAGUAUCGCACAAACUUGAGAUUCGUGGUUUGUCUCGAAGCAGCCUCGAUCACCACCCUCUCCCCGAGGAAGUAGACGAUACCCAAACCCCUCCACGUUACCUCCAUGACCUACAGGAGGCUGUCUCUACACACAACAGUUCUCAGACAUCUGUCGCUUCAGACCAAUCGGACUGUGAGACGGUUAUCUCAGUAUCAUCCAGCCAGCCCUGGUCUGCUAUUCCCAGCUCCACAGGAACCGGUAUCUCCACAGAGAGGAGCUCUGUUUUCUCUUGGGGAUACGAUGAAUUCGAUAAGGCGGCAUCGCGGCAAGUGCAGCAAAUGUUUGAUGAGAUCGACACAGAACUGUACGAAGGGAGAGGCAGCGGGGAGGGGAUACUCCAGGGGCUACAGGACGAAUGUCAGCAGUGGACCUCGCGGUUUCCACAUCUUCGGAUUGUGGGGACUCAGCUUAUGUGUCCCACAGAUGAGGGCUUCCAGUGGUACGCGACUCCAGGGAGCACCAGCCCUGCCAGCAGUCCAUCAACAGGCAGAAAAACGGCUGUGAAGUGCCAAGGCAAAGAGAAGGGGGGUGCAGAGUUGAAUGUUCAAGGAAAGAAAGCUGCCCUGAUAAAAUCCUCAAUUUCGGAGUUUGAUGGCCCUCUUACCAACAGCUCCAGCAGCCAUGACCAGACGAGAGAGAUUGAAGUAGAUGGUGAGAUGGAGGAGUAUCUGGCUUAUGAUAGCAGAGACCUGAAUGAGGAGAGCUAUGAGGAAAGUCUGGAGUCGGUGCAGAGGCAUCACCGUCUGCCCCCCGUCUCACCGUACCGCUGUCGGCGUCAGGCUGUUCUUGACUUGCUUUUCGAUGAUGUCUGGCAGGAGCUGGUCGGUUGGAUGAAAGAGUUGGUUCAACGUCACUGGGAGUGCUGCACCUCCAGUGAAGAGACGAUUUCUGGGAAACUGAGCCCUUUCCACCCAGAGAUUGAGAAUCCUUUUAUGCUGCCUCCCAUGCUUCCAAAACUCGGUCAAAGUCGGGUGCCGCCGCUCGCAGCUGGACCACAGCUCCAGAACACAAAGUCAAGCGGCUCAAAGAACAAUUCCAGGUGGAAAUCCAAAAAGCAGAAAAGGCCUUCCGCUGCUGGUAGAGCGCCUGUAGGGGUGGCAUCAGCGCAGCACAACCUGAACGACCUCAUCGUGAUUCACAGCAUUCCCCUGCAGCAGAGAAACUUGGCUGUGCUGGAGAGAAGCCAGGAGCCGAACGAGCGUGCAUCUCACAGGCCCGUCUCUAGCGCUGUCCCUUCCAGUAAACCUCGUCCUCGUAGGGCCCUGGUGCAGAGCUCCUCCUCGCUGUCUCGUCCACUGCAAUCAGCUCACUGCCGAAACCCUCCUCCUCGAAACCUACUGCCCCUUGUUCCUAGCUCAAGUCACUCUGGCACAGGGGGACACCUGGAUGAGGUUAUCCGCGGGACACGUCUAACCACAGUCAGUGACCGACUGACAUCUCCACUGCUGCCCUUGAGCCGCAACACCCCCCUUCCCCCCAUUGGAACCGGAGAUUCUGAGUCGUCUCAUGGAGGAGUGCAGUCAAAGCUCACACAGCGUCAUAAAGGCCCUCCUAGUCGUGCCAACAGUGCUUUUCACGAUGAAGCUCGCAGCUCCAUACCGAGAGAUCGUCACCACAUACAGGACGUCCUCUCUCGACCCAGCACAACCCGCACAUACAGGUCCGACACUCCUUACCGUAGUUCCUUCACUGUGCUGGACAACAUCGGGCAGGGCCGGCCGGGCAGAGCCUCUGUAGCCACAGACUCUCUGGGAAUUGGUGUGACUGGUAUCAGUCUUGGAAUCAGCAGCUCAUCUUUUUUGGAUUCCUUUCCUCACCACCCGCUGGGACAGUCGCCCAUAAAAGACGAAGAAGAGCCCGAGUCUCAGGCCCCUGUCACAUCAGCUGCUUCUGUUCCUUUGUCUAUUCCACCCCACUCCUAUACCAGAGGCGGCCUCUCAUCCAGAUCCAGCAGGCCUGGCUUAUAGUUUGCCACUGAUCUCCACAACCUACCCGUUAUCAAUCUUUGCCUGCAUUGUUUUGAAGUUUUUUUUAUUAAUAUAUAUAUAUAUAUAUAUAUGACUGAAUUAUAUUUGAAGGCCUAUUUUUGUACUUCAGAAAUCACCUUAUGGGCCUGCCAAACAGAAAAGCUAUCACUUUUUGUUUAGUAUGGGUUGUAUAUGUGGCUAUGCAUGAGAAAAAUGAGUAUUUCUUUAUGUGAAAAUGCGGUAUAACAUGCCCAGCUCUGUGUUGCUGUUAAGGGUGAAUGACUAUGCAGGAUAAAAAGUUAUAGGAUGAAAAAAAAAAAAAAGCACCUUUUCCGCCCUCUCUGAUGUCAGGGAGCUUUGUACUGUAUUACCUUCGUAACAAAAACAGAAAACCUGUUGGGUGCAAAAUCCAUAACCUGACAACAG